ACCCUGGGGUGUGGGAGCGUGGCCCAGUCGGUGCUGAGCGGAGGAGCGUUGGGAGGCGCACACACGGCCGCCGUGGGCUUCGCCAUGGCCGUCACCAUUGCUAUCUACGUCUCUGGAGGCGUUUCCGGUGGCCACAUCAACCCAGCCGUCUCCUUUGCCAUGUGCAUCGCCGGGAAGAUGCCGUGGGCCAAGUUUCCCGUUUACGUGUUCAUGCAGUUUCUGGGUGCGUUCUUUGGAGCAGCCACUGUCUAUGGGAUCAACUACGAUGCACUGAUGACCUACACCGGCGGGAACUUCACCGUCACAGGGCCAACUCGCACUGCCCAUAUCUUUGCAACGUACCCGGAGGAAUACCUGUCUAUUACCAAUGGAUUUGCGGAUCAGGUGAUCUCGACUGCGUUUCUUCUCCUGGGUGUCUUUGCAAUCUUUGACUCAGAUAACCUGGGUGUCCCAAAGGGGCUGGAACCCAUCGCCGUGGGGCUGCUCAUCAUCUUGCUGACCUCUGCCAUGUCCAUGAACUGCGGCUGCGCCAUGAACCCCGCCAGAGACCUCAGUCCGCGCCUCUUCACGUUCCUGGCUGGAUGGGGGCCAGAGGUCUUCACGGCCGGCAACCACUGGUGGUGGGUCCCCAUCGUGGCCCCCAUGGUCGGGGGUGGCUUUGGGACAGCCGUCUACUUGCUGUUUAUCGAACUGCACCACUCCCGGCCAAAACCACCACAGAGCAUUGCCAACCACGACAAAUACGAACUCACCAGCAUGUAGGGGCGAGCGGCUGACUUCAAGUCCAGAACUGCGACCGGGGCCGAGGUCUGUUCCUUCUCGGUCCCCAUGUCACCGAGACGGUCGCUCAGAUUAACUCUGGCACUGAAGAGCCACGUGACGUUUGCAGCGUUCGUUCGUGCCCAUUUCUCAGGUUAUGUCACUGACAUGCUCACGCCGAUAAGGCACCACGCGCACCUCAUUUAUACGACUGUAUCGGGGCCUCCUGUUGUGCCGUGUUUUGCCAAUCCAUGCUAGUCCAUCAUCCGCAAAACUCCACACACAAGGAUGCAUCUAGACUGGUUGUGUGUGUGCGUGCGUGUGUGUUUCUUUAAUGUACACCUUGCAAAUGGGGAGGGGAAACGGACAGCCAACCGCUGACUCACAGAGCUCUGAACAAUAAACAGAAUGUCGGGUUC